GAGAGAGACAGCCCGCAUUUAAUGUCCAGAUUACAAAACAACAUGGAGAUGAGCCGUGCGGAACAUCUGGGCGGCUUAAUGCAGAACAUGGCGCCCUUCCCUGGGACUGCUCAGUUACUCCCGGCACCUGUUGAACCAUCUUGUAGCACCUUCACCUUUCCAGGGAAACCAUAUGGAGAACUCACAAACGGCCUGAUCCCCCAAACACUGCGUGGAUCCUCCGACGCACUCCUGAUAUCAAGCGAGCGUGGUAUGGCAGAAGCCUCACUUAAUCACCACUGGCAGAGAAACAGGUCUUUUCAGCUGAUCAAACCAAAAAAAAGCUUCAUCUGCUCAUACUGUGGCAAGGUCUUCGAGCGCUCUGGCCACCUUGAAAGACAUUUACGAAUUCAUACUGGAGAGAAGCCGUAUGGCUGCCAUAUAUGCGGAAGGUGCUUCAAUCAGAAGAGUAGCCUCAAGGGCCACAUGAGGACACACAGAAAUGGGGAGACCACAGAUGCGCUGGAGGCCCAUCACUUGAUGUUUACACUGCCUGAGAGUCAACCAUUGCAGAACCCGGCUGAACCCAAGACCAGACCGGCAGCUUUUGAGGAGCAGUUACAGGGCUCCGUGUACAGUGAGUCAGUUGGUGAGCAAACAUUAAUGGUGAAAGUGGAGCUAAAUGGGGAGGGUUUUCACACUGUAAUUCAGGCAGGGACUGAAAACAGCACAGGAGCAUCAGACCAAAGUCAGCCGUGGACCUCUGGGUUCGAGACCAAUAGAGAUGCCACUGAACAAACUGUCUCGCUACUUUUACAGCCACCAAUCAAGGAUCCACCUUUUCUAGACAACAAAGAAAAGGAUGAAAUGAUGCACAAUGAUCAGUAUUCCAUGAUAGGAAUGCAGUCAGGAAGCUCUGAUGUGGCACCUGAGCUGCAGGAUCGACAUGUUACACAGGAGGCGGCUGUGAAUGAAUACAGCACCGUGAGUGACAGGAUUCAGGAGGGAGAGGUGCUUGAACUUAAUGUGACUGCAUCAGGCAGCCAUGAGGACGGCUAUGGCGGAGACAGCACUGGGCCAAAUUGCUUUAUAUGCUCAAACUGUGGGCAAAGCUUUGAUGCUUUCAGUUUAUUCCAGAGGCACCUGUGUAAAAAUAUCACAGAGCAGUCCUUCAGCUGUGAGAUAUGUGGGAGGAUUUUUAAAGAGAUGAGCCUCCUGAAAUUCCACCUCCAAUUGCAUAUAGAAUAAAAUCAUUUGUCAUGUACACAAGAAGGAAAAGCACAUGAUUCACCAUCAGGUUUCAUCACAUUCAGCUCUAAGAAAAGAUAAAGUGCACCAGUUAAUAUUCUUACAGUUGAUAAAUGAGUGUGAGAUAAAAAUAAAUACUUAACCUGUCUCAAAACGUCCAAAGGCUACAGCAGGAAAACAAGUUUUCAGUUUGCAGCACUGAUUAAGUACAAUGGUUUUUACAGUAAGAACAGGAGCAUCUCUUUCUGGUGCGUUUCAGAUACUUUGCACAAAAGGUUUUUCUGCUGUUUUGACCUACUGUGUUUUUCUUGUGUAUACAAAGCAGGACUUUUUUUUUUUGGACUUACCUGAGCAUCGUUGGCAUGGACAGCGAACACGUUCGCUCUGUCGGCCCACACCGGGCUUUUGACUGUUGUUCUGUUUUCAACCUAUUUUCUGGUCUACAGUCAGAACUGUCAAUAAUUUCACUUUCCUGAAUUUGUUUUAAUGAUACUUGUCUGCGUUUUGAGAAGAGCCAAGUAACAAAUCUAAGUGAAAUAUAGAAUUUUUGGCUCGUUCUUUUCACAUCACAAGUUAAGAGAGUGUAAAUGUAGUUUAGUCCAAGACAUUUUAAGUUUCUACUAUCUGUUUUCAUGGCAGACUGUUUAGGUCAUCCAGUUAUACAGGAUCACCGUGUUCAAACACUUGUUUCUUACAGUAUAUGUCCAGUUUUGGAAAUGGAUCACCGUGCUCAUUAUAAUUAUCGUUAUCAAGAAUGCUGUAUAUUUUUAAACAAUACAGAUUAGAUAAUAAUGUCACCUAAUAAGGUGGUGUUACCUUUUUUCUCUUUAGUGUAAGGAAAUGUUCAAUGACAAAUAUCCUUAGUGGCAAAAUGGUAUUUAGUGGUACCUGAAUUAUAAUCUAUGGAUGGAGGUAGCAAACCAACUGGACUGUUAGUAUAAGUUUCUUCUCUCUUUACCUUUAUUUAUUCAGCCAUUCCUAACAUAAAACAGGUCUACAGUUUAAGCUUUGGAAAAGUCAUCUUGUAGUUUCUGACUGCACUGUAGCCUUUAUGUGCGUUCACAUCAAUGUACUGCAUCCUAAUGUAAGGAGUUCUGCCUCCUGUUGAGGAGAAUGCAGUGAGUUAAACCUUAUUGUUAAAAGUGUUAAGGAUAUUUAUAGGAAAUAAACAGAUGUAUCCUCAUUUUAAGUCAAACCCUGUUCUCAUACAAAAUACCGUAUACCUCAAAAUCCCUUCAAAGCUGCAUGUAAAUAUGUUUUGAUAUUAGCAAUAAUCUGCUGGGUUGGUCUUUCAGAAGCCUAAUUUGAAGCGCACAGGUCAGGCCAAGGUUUCUUGGAGAAAGUGAACAGACUACAACAAGUAAAUCCUAAAUUGAGGAGAAUUGUGCAUUAUGUUGAACUAAAGAAAUGUGAAAUACUGUACCUCAGUUAUAUAUACUGUAUGGUUCCCGUAAUUAUCGGGAGUUUUGAUUUGGGAAUGUAAAGAAUUUAAAGCUUCUCUCAGUUGUUUUUUUUGACUGCUGUUUAUUUUGUGGGAUAUAUUUUUGCCAAGUGUGUCCUGUGCCACAGACAAUAAAUUUUAUAUGCAAAUAUAAAUAUUAGAAUUUCUCUGGAGUGGAGCUUUAACUAAAACAAAUUACACAGGCAGUAUUGAGCAUAAGAAUUUUCAAAAGGGUGACAUGAAGUCCCUAACCCUGCACCUUACUGCCUUUCAGAACAGUGUCAAAAAAUAAAAAAAUCUGUUUGUUUUUGUCAUUUUAAUUUA